UUCCUCUAUGCUCCAAGGGUCAGCCAGACCCUGGUAAUUGACAAUGGCAAGCAGUUAACAAUUGGCUCCUGUGUGGAAUGUAAGUCCAUGGUACUGGCUGGGCAGAACAUGAAGACGAUUAGUGGAAUCACACAAAACAAGGGAUUGAUGGUGGAGGAGUCAGCCAGCAGCAGUAAGGAUGCAGAGGCCAGACCACCAAUGGUCACUAUGGCAGAAGUGUCAGAGCAAGACCACACUACAUCAUUUGAAACCAGAAUGACCUCUGGCACCUCACCCCUGUGCAGCCUGAAAGUGGAAAAGGCAGAUAUCGCAGUGCCCAGCAUGAGCCAUGAGUCAAAGUCACCAUCGUUAGGCAUGAUUUCCACGGCUACCCGCACCACGGCGACAGUCAGUCCCCUCACCCCGUCUCCCCUCAACGGUUCUAUUGUGCCCAAUGGCAGUCCUGCAUCUCAGUCCACCCACUCAGGAUUUGCCGCCGCCCUGCGCAAGCUGGCCAAGCAGGCAGAGGAACCCAGAGCAGGAUCUUCCAUCAGCAGCGAGUCAUCUCCUGUCUCAUCUCCGGCCACUAACCACAGCUCCCCAGUCAGUACGCCCAAGCGGGCCCCCAUGGGUCCAGUUAUAGUGCCUCCCGGGGGCCACAGCGUACCCAGUACCCCACCUGUUGUCACCAUAGCACCCACCAAAACGGUCAACGGCCUGUGGAGGAGUGAGAGCCGACCUGUACGAGAGGCUGAGUCAGGUCCUCGUGGAAUCUGCCGGGACAGGUUAAGUUCAGAGGCUUCUUCUACCCAAGAGAAAGGGGGUCCCACUGUCCCGACCCACCUAAUUGGAAACCCUUAUGCAUUUGGCUUGACGCCCGCGUCUGUGAUGCAGGACUCACGCUUUCAGCCUCUUAACCUGCCCCGUCAGAUGCCCCAUACUCUGCCCCCGGCCAGUGUUCCUGAGGAAUAUCUGAGGGGGUUUCGUCCUUAUGCCACAGCCGAGGAGCUACGCAUGCCGUCUUUACCCCUGGGGCUUGAUCCUGCCACUGCUGCAGCUGCUGCUGCUUACUACCAUCCUGGAUAUCUGCCCCACCCCUCCUUCUCACACUACAGAAUGGAUGAUCCAUUCUGUCUCUCAGCGCUGAGGUCGCCAUUCUAUCCGUUGUCUGCAGGGGGUGCUCUAACUCAUCUUCACCCAUCUGCAGUACACAUGCACCUGCCUGGGGUGCGUUACCCUGGAGACCUAAGCCACCCAUCACUGUCCAGCCUACAGUCAGAGCGCUUGUCAGAGAGACUCCAGAUGGAGGACGAGCUGCGACAGAGAGAAAGAGAACGCGAGCGCGAGAAAGAGCGGGAACGAGAGGCUGAGCGAGAAAAGGAGCGUGAGCGAGAAAGGGAGCGAGAGAAGGAGCUGGAGCGUGAGAGAGAGAGGGAGAGAGAAAGGGAGAGAGAAAGGGAAAAAGAGAGAGAGCGUGAGAGAGAGAUAGAGCGACAGAAGGAGAGGUCAGCACGAGAGAAGGCUGUGGAGAGCCACUAUCUGGCUGAGCUUCAUGGGCUGAGAGGUCCCCCAGACGACAGAGCCAAACCUGACAGAAUCACUACGAACAGACCUGAUAAAACCAAAGAGCCCACCCUUACAACCCCUAAACCAAUCCAGCCUGGACUUCACCAUUCUCUAAACUCCACCCAUCACCCCGUGCCCAGCCUUGUCUCUGCCCAUGGCAUGUAUUUGGGCCCUGGAGGGGCGGGACCUGCCAGUCUGACAGCGGCCACCAUGCUGCUGCGCAAUAAUGAGGAAGAGCGCUGGUUGGCCCGGCAACGGAAGCUACGACAAGAGAAAGAGGACAGGCAGUACCAGGUUUCAGAGUUCCGUCAGCAGGUCCUAGAGCAGCACCUGGACCUCGGCAGACAGGGGGAAAUCGCAGACCUGCAUAUAGAGGGACACGGACCUGUACCAAACCAUCACGAGCCCAACUGCAGAGAUCAUGAGAGAGACAGGGAUGCCCAUCCUCUCUUGGGAGCACCACCCCCUCUCAUCUCCCCAAAACAUCAGCACAAAGACCAUGCACCCCCACCACCAACCACGCUCUGGAACCCCGCAUCGCUCAUCGAGACCUCCACCGACUCUAGACGCACCUUGCACGAGCCCCAGAGUCUGGGUCACUAUGAUAUCAGCCGGCUUCCUAUACCCCCCUCCAAAUAUGAGCGUCAUUACACUUCUGAAAUGCUGGAAGAGGGAUCUCGGAAAAGGGACAGUCUGGAUAAAUAUCCCCCCAUCCAGCCCAGUGGGUUCUCUGAGUCAAACACUUUCCUAGCGGAGCUUGAAAAAUCCACCCAGAGCUUCCUGAACCAGCAGAGGGCACCGCUGAGUCGGUCAGGGCCUUACGGAGAGCUGAGUACAGGCCAGAAGUCCAGCGGGUCUUUUAAAAGCCUCAAGGGGCAUUCACGUCUCGCACCAGAUGCCACGUUAGUGUAUGAUGAGCUCCUGCAACAGCACAGACGAGCUGUCAGCAAACUGGACUUGGAGGAGAAAAGACGCAGAGAAGCCAGAGAGAAAGGUUAUUAUUAUGAGGUGGACGACUCCUAUGAUGAGAGUGAUGAGGAAGAGGUGCGAGCUCAUCUCAGGAGGGUCGCAGAACAGCCGCCACUCAAACUAGACGAUUCCACUGAGAAGGUGGAGUUUCUGCAGAUGUUUGACCUGACGACUCUGGCCCGUCGGGAAGAGAUGAUGGAGGUGAAGAGGAUGAAGAGGAGGCGCAUGCUGAGAGAGAGGAGUCCUUCCCUGCCAGCCGUUCAGAGCAAGCGGCCUACUCCUUCCCCCCUAAUAACCCGCUUCACCCCAGAGGACAUGAACAACAGCCCUGAACUGGAGGACAAGAAACGCUUCCUCACCAUCUUCAGCCUCAACCACAUCACUCAGCAGCAGAGAAGAGAUAAUGAGAGGGUUGAGGAGUUGUUGAAGGCCAUAAAACAGAAGAGCAUGACUCUAGACAGCAUCAGACACAACCCUCACCCGCUGUGCAGGAGCCCUGCAACCCUAUGCGCAGACCUGUCAUCUCAGUCUCCAGUCCAUUCGGAUGAGCUGCUGAAUGGACGGCCCCCCAGUCCCUCCCCCUCUGUGUCUGUGCCCCAGCCCCCAGCAGAACCCCUCUCCCACUCAGAUCAUCACAGAUCCCUCUCAGAUCCCUUGAGACUGAAAGACUCUUCCUUGCCUGCUGCAUUACCUGACAAAUGUCGAGCCAAUGACCGCAUCCCUGGCAGGAGCUCUAAUCUGCUAAACAGUCUGCGACAGCCCCCGUUCAGUAAAGAGAGUUCCGUUAGUGUCAACGGAAAGACCAAACCCUGGGAGAAUUUCAUUGCUGAGGAGUUUGCCCAGCAGUUCCAUGAAUCAGUACUGCAGUCCACCCAAAAAGCCCUGCAGAAGAGUAAAGGUGGUGCCUUGGUCAUGUCAGAACAGAACCAUGCAGUGGAUUCAUCCGUGCAUUAUAACAUUCCUGAGCUCCAGAGCACACCGGGCCGGUCCAAACCCCACCCACACCCUCCUUCUUUGCAGCCCAACGGACAGCACUGCCCCCCACACCCUUCACGCCAGGAGCUCUCCACAGAGGAGUCUGAGGAAGAGGAUAAGGAAGAUGACACAGAGGAGGACGAGCCCACUACAUCUAGGUGGCAGGGCAUUGAAGCCAUCUUUGAAGCUUAUCAAGAGUAUGCAGAAGAGCAAAGCAUUGAGCGACAAGUUCUCCACAGUCAGUGCAGACGGCUGGAGGUGCAUCACUAUAAUCUCAGUCUAACCGCUGAACAGCUGUCACACUCAAUAGGGGAGCUGAUGGCUCAGAAGCAGAAGCUUGCGGCCGAGAGGGAGAACCUACAGGCAGAGCUGGAGCACUUUAAGAAGUGCCUGACGCUGCCACAGAAUCUGUGGUCUAGGGGUCACUUCAAGGGCUAUCCACCCAGGUGACACUCUACGGCACCACCGUCCACCCACUCAUACAACCCCCCACAUCCCUUACAAACCCCCAAACCCAGACUCAUGCUCAGUCCACUCCGAGAGCCUGGAGAGUGAUGGUGAGGAACAGAAGAUCUGGCCCACGAAUUUGCCAUCCACUGACCUCCCCUCCGAUGCAAUCCUGUGGGCAAAAUCACACAUGAACACAAACAAAGCCUCUGAAUGCCUCCGAUUUGCAGGGACAGCCAUACUGCAUCAUAGAGAGAGAAGAACACCAGUCAAAAUGCAGCUCAGCCCACCUGCCAUCUCUUUAACAUGGAGGUCCCGCCUAGAAAUGCACUUAAAGACAACAAAAAAAUAACCUGAAGAACUAUCUGGAGAUGAUGUAGAAUCUGGGAAUGACACACCUGUUUGUUUUCCUGCCACUUAACCCAACCUCCAUCACUUGUGC